AGAAAAAUAUGGUGCAUGCCAAUGGAAGUUUGUGACGGACGGUGACAGUUUUAUACGGUUUUAUUGUGUAGACAGUUGAUUAGCUCCUGAGAAUAUGGCGAAUGAAAUUGUAACAGCAAUUAAACAUGUGGAUAUUAAUAACUCAAAUGUUAAUUGUGAAGAUGAAUCAGAUGUAGUCAAUCCCUGGAAUGUGGUUAGCAAAUCAGAAACUGGAAUAGAUUAUGACAAAUUAAUAAAAAGGUUUGGUAGUUCAAAGAUUGAUGAUGAGCUGUUGGAUAGAUUUGAGAAGGUGACAGGCCAUCCUGUUCAUCAUCUGUUACGACGUGGAAUAUUUUUCUCGCAUCGAGACAUGCAUCAAAUUUUGACAAUGUAUGAACAGGGGAAGCCAUUCUAUUUAUAUACAGGACGUGGUCCUUCAUCUAGUUCAAUGCAUGUUGGACAUCUCAUUCCUUUUAUUAUAACCAAAUGGCUGCAAGAUGUGUUUGAUGUUCCUCUUGUGAUUCAGUUAACAGAUGAUGAAAAGUUCUUGUGGAAAGACUUGCAAGUAGAUGAAGCAAAUCAGUUAGCCUUUGAAAAUGCCAAAGACAUUAUUGCAUGUGGAUUUGAUAUUGAGAAAACAUUCAUCUUCUGUGAUUUUGAUUUUAUUGGACAGUGUCCAGACUUUUACCGAAACAUGAUUAAAAUAGGUAAAUGUGUCACCUACAAUCAAGUGAAAGGUAUAUUUGGGUUUGGUGAUAGUGAUGUGAUUGGAAAAAUAAGCUUUCCAGCAGUGCAGGCUGCACCUUCCUUUUCAAGCUCAUUCCCCUUCAUCUUUGGAAAAGCAAAUUUACCCUGCCUCAUUCCUUGUGCUAUAGAUCAGGAUCCAUAUUUUCGGAUGACACGCGAUGUUGCCCCAAGACUUGGCUACCAUAAGCCGGCCCUUCUUCAUUCCUCAUUUUUCCCAGCAUUGCAGGGAGCUCAGACCAAGAUGUCAGCUAGUGAUUCUAAUACAUCGAUUUUCCUUACAGACACACCUAAGCAAAUAAAGAACAAGAUAAAUAAGCAUGCCUUCUCUGGAGGUCAGGCAACGAUAGAGGAGCAUCGAGAAAAGGGAGGAAAUUGUGAAGUGGACAUCUCGUAUCAAUACCUGCGUUUCUUUCUUGAGGAUGAUGAAGAGCUAAAACAAAUUGAAAAGAAUUACAGUAGUGGAGAGCUGCUUACUGGAGAACUCAAAAAGAAGCUUAUCAGUGUUCUUCAGCCUAUAAUUGCUGCACAUCAGGAAUGUCGAGCAAAAGUUACAGAUCAGAUAGUGCGAGAUUUCAUGACUCCUCGUAAACUGAAGUAUGGCUAUUGUUAAAUGAAUAAAUUAGUAUGGUGAUACCUAUGAAGACACUUUCAUGCCUUGUUCAACAUGAACCAGCAACUAGGUACAUGAGCAAGGUUAUUCUUAAUUGACAUAAAAAUCAAUUAUGAUGUGGGAGAUUUCUGCCUUGAAUUGAGAGAUAGUAAUGACAAAUAUUUAAAAUAAGACCUAAUAGUUUAAGGCUGUAUGUUGUGACAUAUGCUUAGUUUUUGCUCUAACUAAAGACUUGCAUACACUAUCCUGUUUAUUAUACAGGCAUUGGGUGAGGUGAUGAGUGUAUUGAACUGAAUUCUAUGUUUCCAGCGUUCUUAGUAAAACAGUGACACAGCUGUGAAAGUGUUAAAUUUCAGUAGAGAUAGUCAUUGAAGAAGUGAAAAUGGAAAACACUUCUGGCAUCCUUACCAUUUGUCUGUUUCUUUCUUUUUUUUUUUUUUGCAGUACUCAGGUAUUUGAUUGUUUUUGUGUUGCUGUUUCAACUGCAGAAUAAGAUAUGUGUAGAUUGGCAUCUGAAAAUAGCCGUGAAUGGUAUUUAAGCUGUGGAAGUAGGCAGGCUGUUUCAACAUGCAGUCUCACACCGUCUGAAUGGAGAGAUUGAGAAAAACUGAAAACAUCAAGAUUGUUUCUAAUCCAGUAGAGACUUGAAUUGCAUGUAUCCCAAAUACAUGGAUAAAGAAUUAGUGCUUCAAUGACUUGUUCUGUAAUUGAGGUUUGAUUAGUGGCAAACCGGACAUUGCAGUUGAACUGUUAACUCUCCUGUUUCAUAUUCUGGUGCUCCCAGAUUCAAAUCUGACCCAGAGACUGACUAUCCUGAAUCACAUUUUCCUCGGUCCUGCAGGUAAAUGUCAUGAUAUUUCCUCAGUUAGGCUAUGGUCACUUCUUUCCACAUCCUUUCCAACUCAUUAUUCACUCGUCCUGUCAUUUGAUGUUAUGGAAAAAAUCAUUAAAAAACAAUGAAUGAGCAAAUGAAUAAGAUUAUAUGUAGAUGAUUUUUUCCUUUCACCAUCAUUUUCAGAACCGCUCUGGAGGAUUAAGAAGAUUUAACUCCUAUCAUAUGUUACUUUUAAUUAGAAGUAACCACUUCUCAGAUCUUAACCAGAACAUUAACUUAUCUUUGUCUGAUUUCCAUCAUUUUCCUGAAAUUCUUUCCAGGCAAAUGACAGUGCCUUUAAAUCCACCAUUCAUAACCAUGUAUAUAUAUUUUUAUUAUUUUCUGGGGUAUUUUGCAACACUGCCAUUAGCUAGAUUAUAGAGCGUGAUAGAUGACUGAUGAUUUGAAAAGGAUUUGGAAGGAUGUGGUCAUAGCAAAUCAAGACAUUGUCCUUCAUUUUACUGGAAGGACUGAGAAAAACCUCAGUAAGAACAAUCACUACCCUUGCCAAGAUUUGAACCUAGCACCUCCUGAACGUUAAUAAAGAGCAUUAUCAUUAUGCCAGGCAGCCUGUUCAGUCACUGAGGUUGAGGCAUUGUUAUUGAUCAACUAAUAACUUUGUUAUAUGAAGGUUUGAACUACCGUAUUUACGCAUGUAUAGGCCGCAUAUUUUU